AAUGGAAUGAACGUUUCGUUUUGAGUCGCUGACAAUUUUGAAACUCUCCGUUCUCUUCUCUUCUUUUAAGUUGAGGUCAGCGUGAGUUAGAACAUGAGCGCUGUACUUUGCUGUUUCUGUCUUGCGCACGGCGACCGCCGUUUUCUGGUUUGAUCACGCUCCAUUUCUUAGCUCAAUAUUCGCUUUGUAGUUUCAGUAGUCCUGUUGAUUGGCUGUACACUUCUUUGAAUGCGUAACGGUUUAGUCCUUAUUUCUCUCUCUGUUUUUAUUCGUUAUUUGUCUUAUUCUUUGGUUUUUGAGGAUUUUUUUUCUAUUAUUAAACUUUUUGCUUAAAAAUUCUGAUUGAUUAUUAGUUUGAGUCUAAAUUUCUUGCUCAUUAAACGCGGAAAAUAUGAAGAAGAGGGAAGUGACAAAUCUGUAGAAAGAUUAAAAUUUUCAACGGAAGAGGACUUGAUUAAUGUGUAUGUGAAAUGAUGGAAUAACUACAUAGUGCAAUGGGUUGAAAAUGCCUAGCAGCAAGGUUUAUCUGACAUACAAGCGAAAGCUGCCAUUGUAUAGAACGGGCACUGCCCAUCAAAAUGGGUGUCAUGAUUCACUUUCUGAAGGGCCAAGUGACACUUCUGUGACUGUGCCAGAUAAGCAUGAUGCACCAAGUGAUGAGCAUAUAUCAGAAAAUCAGCAAAGAAAAUCAUUGAUAUUUCCUGGAUGUGUUGUAUGUGGUGUCACAGGCAACCUGCUGCAAUGCAAUGACUGCCAUCAACCUUAUCAUCAGGAGUGCAGUGACAGAUUGCUUAUGGUAUUCCAAACUUUUACGGAGGAGAAAAGGGAAAAAAAUGGCCAUCAAAUUUCAGUUACACAGCAUGAAUUUUAUUAUCAUCUAAUGAACCACUAUUUGCCCCCUUUUCCCACCCCACUUUUCUUUUCCUCUACCUCCCUCCCUCUCUGUGUCUCUUUCUAAUGCAUGCUCACAUGCAUAGACAAAGCAUACUAUGAACAGGGAAAAGGUGAGCUGUGGUUGUAAAAUACAAGAUUCUUCUUUGCUUCAGCCAAUACGAAAAUCAAGCAGACUGGAAGCAGUGAAACACACUGGAGGAUCUGAUAAGAAACUGAUGAGUGUCAGUUCUUGUAAAUAACAUGUUUUGGGGAUUCCUCGCGAGGACACCUCUGGGAAGGAUGCACAGGCACCUUCUUAUCUGGAUAUAUCCUUGACAAGUAAUUUGAAUCAUGUUCAAUUUAAUUCAUAUUCAAUUAUGAACAUAGAUUCUGAAGAGAAAUUAAUUUCUCAGUCAACAGGGAUCAAUACCAGAAAGAGUUUGGAUUUUAUCAGCUCAAAUUCAUCCUUAGAAAGUAUUUGCAUUGCUGUAUGUGAUACCCGUUCAUGUUUUCUGAAAGGAUCAAACUUGUAAGGCACUGGCACAAACUCUAUAGAUAAGUCCAGUGAUGGUCGUGGCCAUUUGCAUGGACCAACCAAGUUAAGUAAUCCUUUAAUUACUUUUAGUUGAAGAUGAAAAAGGAAGAAAGACAAAAUUGAGGCUGAUAUAAAAAGUUCAUUUCUUGACGAGAAAAUUUGUUCAUUUCAUACCACACAGAGUAAAACCACUGAUGGUGCAGUUUCUGUUAAGGUCUCCUUGGAAGAUAAUUCAAGAUAUUUGGAGAUACAUGGGAUGGAUGUAGAUUCAAGGAAUAUGUUUCAUCAAAAUCAAGAUAAUAUAAAAGCUGUUGAUUCUGCUCAGGCUCAUGCAAAUUUUGCUUUGAAAUUUGACUUGUGAGGAAAAAAUAUCCCAUGGCUCCGAAAGCAAAUCCAAGGAUAUCUCACCUAUCAGCAGACAAUGGCAGAUCUUCAAAGCUAACAUGCACACUGCAGAAGCAUUUCUGGGCAAUUUACAGAUCUCAUUAAAUGAUGCUGCAAAUGAUCCUUGGGAAGCUAGAGGCAUAGAUAUGGAGUUGGUAAACACUAAAUGUCAAGCUGAAUCUGAAAUUCUGUCAAGUGAUGGUGCAAAAGCAACGGUGGUUGCUGAUUACACAAAAGAAGGAAAGCGACCUUAUUUGGAUCUGUCUGUUACUCCUGAUUCAUGUGGUACAUUGGACCAUGAUGUCAUUGUCAAUUUGGAUUUGGGCUGUCAAAAGGAGCCUCUUCAUGGUGCUUCAGAAUCUCUUCGAGGCUCAAUGGACUCAACAUGCACAAGCAGAAGUCAUGCUACUGUUUGUGAUCGGGUGUCACCUGCUGAAUUAUUGCAAGGUAAGAAUAAGAGAGAGGGGGAAGUUUCACCGGUUCAUUCAACAAGGGCAGUUAGUGAUGCAUCUACUUCAGUAGAAGAAGCUGGAGACAACUCAAAAGAUAAUGAUUUAGAUUGUCAUCAGUUUUCUAUGGACAAUACAUCAAAAGAUGAAUGUCUGCAGAAAAAGGCAACAGUUUCCACCUCGUAAUUACAAAGCCAGAAGUGGUUCUCUAUUAGAUUUGGGUUUAUCCCUAUCCCAGCCAACAGGGUCUGACAUGGCCAAUUCUUAUUCGGAAAAGUGCCCCACCACAUCAUCAAUGUGGAACUCACACAGAAAAAUCAUAGAUUUUGUUCAAGAUGUACUGCCUCAAUCUUCUUCUAACCAUGCAGCUUCAUUGCUGAGACAUAAGCUGAUGCUUGAUAGUAUUGUAAUUCGAGCAAGUAGUUUGAAUGCCAAGGAUGCUUUGCAAGACAAGUUUAAGUCAUAUACAAUAUGGUCAGAAGAAAGAACUCGACUCUCUUUGGAUUGGUGUUAGGAGACAUGGAAGAGGCAACUGGCAUGCCAUGUUAAGGGACCCAAGACUCCACUUUUGUUCUUGGAGAACAGACUACAGAGAGGGACCUUUCUGAGCAGUGGGAAGAGGAGGAAGCUAAACUACUGAGUGGUAGUCGUAUUGUACAAUUCAAUUCUCCAAUAACACAUGGUAUUUCUUUGGACAAUAAUGAUCACUACGUGUGCAAAAAAUAUGGAAUCUGGAGAGAAAAUGCAACUGAGGAAACUACACUCUCACUAGGGGAUAUAUAUGCUCGUAGAACUAGCAACAGUUCAAAGAGGCAGCGUGUCAAUUUCACUAGUGUUGAAAGAAAUGACAUCCAUAGACCUGCUACUUACCCAAGGAGUGCAUCUUAUUCAAAUUUUCACGGUGAGAUCUAUAGCAGGGGAUCAUGUGAUAAUUUUGGGUGUAUGACUCUGCCAAGUUGUGAUCACAUUGCUAAGUAAUACCCAUUUCACUGCUUUGGCAUCCGAAGGUAAUUUGCCUCACUGUCCACUUUCUCCAAGGCCAAUGGAGGCAACUCUACUCCCCGAUUUUUCAUCUACUGCUCUUUCAGGGGGAACCCAGUUUUUCAAGCCAUGUCCAGGCGCUACCAUUUAGUGGCAUGAGGAAUUUGAUGGAUGGCGGUUUUGGUGGUAUAAGGGCAAAUGAGCUGCAGACAUCUGGUAGUGCUCAUCACUCCAAUGUCGCUUUGGGAAUGAGACAUGGCAAGUCUGACAUGUGCAGUUCUUUAGGUCUUGUCAGUAAACCAGAUAACUUGAUCAUUAUUGAUAGUGAUGCAUCUUCUGAGGAGACCAUAUCAGAUGAUCGUAGUGCUAGGCCCUAGUUUUGAAGAGAUUAUGUAAGCGAGACUCUUUUCUCUGGUUGUCUCAAAUGUGUUCAUUAUCUGCUGUACAGUUUUUGUAAUUUAGAAUUUAGUAAACAAGUUCUAACUUAUUUUUGUAUCGGCAUUAGCUAGACACCGCUAGUCCAUGUAGUAGUCUGCUUGAUACUCUCUGAAGGCUAGCAGCAUCUGGAAAAUCUAGGAAGGGUCAUUUUACUAGACAUGUCUGAUACUGUGUAUUUUUCAUGGCACUGGGAAAAGAUCACUAGUCUGGAAUCCUUUUCUGAGGAGGAUAACUUGAUCA